AUGAAUAUUAAUUGUAAAAUAGAUUACAAAAAUAUAAUAAUAAGAAGAAUAUACAUAUAUUAGAUAAAUGAUGAAUAUAAUAUAUUAAAUAAAUAAUUGAGAUUGGGAUAAAUGUUUCAAAAUAAGUAAAUAAGUGAUUAAUUGGAUUAGAACAGAUUAUGAUAGAGGAGUGAAUACAUUUUCUCCAGAAGGUCGGUUAUUUUAGGUGGAAUAUGCAUUACAAGCAAUAAAGUUAGGAGCAAGUGCUUUAGCCAUAAAAGUGAAUGAUGGUGUAGUAUUAGCAGGUGAAAGGAAAUUGAAUUCAAGUCUUUUAGAACCUAAGAGUAUUGAAAAGAUAUAUGAAAUUGAUACUCAUAUUGCUUGUACAGCUUCUGGUUUUAUACCUGAUGCUAGAACAUUAGUUGAACAUGCAAGAGUAGAAUCUCAAAAUCAUAAAUUCAAUUAUGGUGAACCAAUAAAUGUAAGAGCACUUACUUAAAUUGUUUGUGAUUUGGCUCUUGAUUUUGGAGAAAGUGAUUCAAAAAGUAAAACAAAGAUGUCAAGACCUUAUGGAGUAGCAUUAUUAAUUGCUGGUGUUUCAGAUCAUGGACCAUAAAUUUAUUAAACAGGUAAUACAAUUAUCAAUUAUAUUUAAUUAGAUCCUACUGGUACUAUGAUUGAAUAUUAGGCUAAAGGAAUUGGUGCAGCAGAUGAAGGAAUUUAAAGUAUUUUAAAAGAAUAAUAUAAAUAAGUAAUUAAUAAAUAAAUAAAUCUAAGGAUUUAACAUUAGAAUAAGCUGAAAGAUUAGCUAUUUUAUGUUUAAAAAAUGUGAUGGAAGAAAAAGUAAUUUAUUUUAUAUCUAUUUCAUAGAUUAACAACUAAAAUGUUGAAUUAGCUGUAAUUACAACAACUGAAAAGAGAUUUAUCUAAAGAACAUAAGAACAAAUAUAAAGUCUAAUUGACAAAGUUUGAAAUAUUAUAUAUAUAAUAAGUAUAAUAUC